UUUAAAAAAUGUGAACUAAUAAUAAAAUUUUUAAAACAUCCUCCAACGAGCGACCACCCAAAUCCAAUUCUUUACCCUCCGGAAUUGGAUCGACGGUUUAGAAAAAUCUGUUGAUGCAUUUUUCUAUUUCUUUUUUUUUUUUUUUUUGUGAGUAUUUCGCCUUAUAAAUUCCAUAACCAUGCCCAUACGCCGUUACAGUUACAGGAUAGCUCGACGAGAUAAUGUAUACACUUCGACUAGGCACUAGGCAGUAGCUACUAGCUUGAGAGACGAAGCAUCGAGACCAGAGAUAUCGAACAAAGUAAUGAUGUCCCAAGGCCCAGGGCUAAUUACCUACCAAAGUCGAUCGUUUUUCUCCUACCCAAUUCAAAUCACCUGCCGCACUCUAAAAUCUUCCCAAUCAGCGCACCAUUUCUCCCUCAUGACACCUGCAAAACCAAAACAGAUCCAUCUCCGUCUACCACCCCCGAAGUCCGACCAAACCCAUCAAUACAAACCCCAAGCAAAGAAUCAAGACGACGGCAUCCCAAUCGACGACGUCAAAAUCAUCGCCAAAUUCAAAACCAGACACAACUAUAUCCGCGUUUUAGAAGUUUCUCGAAGAGCUGACCAUCCUUUUGCAGGCUCUAGGCUCCUCCUUCUCGAUUCCCCUGGGAACAUCCACAGCAUUUCAUUCCUCUUCAAAUCACUCACCAACACUUACUUCGACGUUUUCGCCACUUUGCCUCCCAUUUUACCCCCCGGCCCCGUUGGCAUUCUCGGGUUCGGGGCGGGUUCUACUGCCCGUCUGAUGCUUGAAUUAUACCCAGAAUUGAUAAUCCACGGGUGGGAACUUGACCCAUCUGUUAUUGCAGUUGGAAGAGAAUAUUUUGGCCUUGGAAGGCUUGAAAAACAAUACCCGGAUAGGCUUUGCAUUUACAUUGGAAACGCAUUGAAGGCUAGCAUUAAAAACAGGUUUGCAGGUAUUUUAGUCGAUUUAUUCUGUAAAGGAAGUUUGAUACCAGAGCUUCAAGAUGCGAACACGUGGCAGAAGUUGAGGAAGAGGCUGAGAAAAGGCGGGAGGAUCAUGGUGAAUGUCGGGGGCAGUUGCGUGGAGGCUGAGGAUGAACGGAGAGAAGGGAAGGUGGUGAUGGAAGAGACUUUGAAGGCGAUGCAUAGGGUUUUUGGUGACAAGCUUUUUGUAUUGAAUCUUGGGAGUAGAAAGGAUGAUAGUUCCCUUGCUUUAACGGGUGAAUUGGCGGUGCCGGAUCUUGAUGCCUGGAAGAAGGCGCUUCCGCCUUCUUUCAAGGGUUACGUUGAUAUGUGGGUUCCAUUUCAUGGUUGAUGUGAUACUGAUAUACAUAUACAUAUAUAUAAACACACAUAUACACGUGUGUGUUUUGUGAACACUGAACAUCAAUGCCCAUCUUCUGUUUGUGUUUAUGCCUAACUCACAUGCCCGUUACUCAUUUUAUGUUAUGUGGUUUUAUGACACUACUGCUUUUGUUCAUAGGAGGUUCAAGAUUUUUGUUCAAUGAGCUACUUCUACUUUUUGUUCAUGACACCGCUACUUUUGGUUCAAUGAGCUACGUUUUGUUUAUGUUAGUUAAUAUGGACGUUCAGUUCAAGAUAAGAUUAUAUUGUUUUAUUUCAACGAUGUCAGGAGUGAUUGAUCACGUAGCUUAUUUGUGGCAUUUUGAAUUUGUUCGGUUAUAAGUAGAACAAGUGUUAGAACGACGCAUGCAUGUUUCUCAGGCUUACAAUUAUUAAAAUUCCACUGGAGCUUUGAGAUUUAUUCCAUUGUCACUGUGCGUCUGUUUACUCUUGACUUGGGAUGUAAAAUUUGAGCAGGCUUAAAAAAAUGUAAUUUCAGAAUGUGAAAACUUGGGACUGAUUAGUGACGACUUCCUAAGAAAUUACCUUCAUGCUUGAUCUAAUCACUUUAUGUUUUGCGGAAAAUUGAUUGAAAUAUCAAUUAAGUCAAUUUGAUUUGUUUUCUGAAGCAAUUAGAAGCAGAGAAAGGAGCGGCUAGAACUUAGAAUGCAGCCUGAGCAACAAUUAAGAAAUAGCCUUUCAGUGGCUGCUAGAAGUUUGUUUGUUCUAUGGAACUAAGCUGUUCUAUUCAAUCGAGCAAUAGAAGUGUAGUGCUGGUUUUUCCCUGUUUGGGCUGAUGGCAGUAAUCUUUAUCAAGAAUAUCAGGAAUCUUAUGGAUUGGAAUACAAACUACAAUGUAAAGCAUUGAAUUUCAACCUAUAUGGAUGAAUCACUUGACCCAAAAGCACCAUAAAAAAUGAAUAUCAUGUCCCAAAUGGUGGUAUGUUCGCAACCAUGUAGUAUUGUCUCACUGAAAACGUUGGCCAUGACAUGAUUAUAGAAGCAAUUAUCUUGAGCUGUGCGGAAAUAAAUCAUACCAUUGUAUUAUUGUAUUACUUGGACAGUUUCAUUACACCUCGAAUGAUAAUUUGUAGUUUGUUUUUCUGACCAAAAUUUGUGUGCUUCCUUCUCUUCUUUUUGGCAAAGACAAAUGGUGGAUUCUUCUUUCCAUGGUAUGUAGAUUUCGGUUGUUUGAAUUACCAGCCAUGAAUCUUAAGCAAAGUUUCUUAAAACUUCCUACUCCCAGUAUGUUUCUUGAAUUUAAGCAUUUUGCAUUGUUAUGCUGAUCUUGCUUGUUCUCAUCAAAUACGUUAAGAUGGAGAUGGUUGUUGAUGACUUGGGAGGGCAUUUGACGUUAUGAUUAUCUAGAUCUGCAACAGUAGCUGAAUUUUCUUAACUUCCCUGACUCAAAGCUUUCAACUAUGUAUAUUUGAUGUAAAUAUCUACAAACUAAGAUCCCUAUAAUAUGAUCAGUUCUAUAAUUGGCUCUCCAUAUUUCUUUAUUAGGCUAAUUGAAACAGAUAAAUCAAACCGCAGUGCUGAUGCAAUAUUUCCACACUAGAAUUUGAUUUGAGUCCAAUUUUUUUUUUAUUAUCCUUUAAUGCACAAUAACAUUUUUCAAAUGCUGGGAUUAAUGCAUACAAACUGUUCUAGCUGUAUUGAGACUACACAUUCAUUCAGGAGGUCCAGCUUGACAUGCAUGGAUCUGCCUCCAUAUUCUUCAACAUGGGCCUAGGCUGAUGGAUUUAAUCUAAAAGUUAAACCCCAACCCUUCCAAAAUCAUUCCAGCUGUAACGUAAGAGAGAGAAGGUAGCAAAUUUAAGCCUUCUUCGGAGCAAACAUUAAAGAAUCUAUGCUUUCAGCGGUGAUUCUAAUCAAUGGAUGAUAAUACUGCUAAAUACAAUAAAACUUAAACAUUCUAAUCCAUAGGCCGCUGUUGGGUGAAGUACGUGAAGAUUUGAUCUAGAACUGAAUGGGGAUUUUGCCAUUUUGGUCUCGUGUCUGCUACGUCUGGUAAGAGAGAGUCUCGUACGGUACAAGGUUUGUGUCUCUCAAAGAUUGUGUAGAGAGUGUCCAUCCUGACGAGUUCAGGAUUUUAUUUUAAGUUUGUUGUUUAGUGAAUUGUCAUUUUUUAGGAUAUGUUUUGAGGAUGGAGGGACAAGAAGGGAUGUGGGUGAAACUUUCGUUGACAGAAGCGGAGAAGGGAAAAGUGGUAGUAGAGAAGGAAUGGAUAGAGGAAAUAGAGGUAGAAGGGAGGACGUGUCUGCUGGGCAAAGUCCUGACUAAGAAAAGUGCAAAUGUAGAAGCGAUGAAAAUGGUUUUGUAUAAAGUAGGGAAACUCGUUAAAGGUCUACAAAUAAAGGAAGUUGGGAAGAAAGUCUAUUUAUUCCCUUUUAAGGAUGGUGUGGAGAAGGAUAGAGUCUUGAUGAUGCAACCGUUAACGUUAAACCAAGCUAUAAUUGUUUUUACAAAGUUUGAAGGAUUAGUAUCACUAGAUUCUUUGGAGAUGAAUUGCAGUCCCUUCUGGAUCCAGAAGUCUUAGGAUUAGAGUCGAGCUUAAUAUAGAUGUCCCAUUAAAACGUGGAACUAUGGUAGCGGUCAAAUGUGGUGGCAAAGCACUGGUUAUGUUUCGAUAUAAAAGAUUACCAAAUUUUUUGCUUUGUCUGUGGUAGAUUAGAUCAUCAAGAGAAUGAAUGUGAUAGGGCAAUAUAGAUGUAAAAGGAGAUUGGAGCGAUGAUAAGGGAGUAUGGCCGAUAGAUACGUGUAGAAAAUCCAAAGAUAUGGUCUAUAAAGGCUGAAGGUUUGAGCAUGAGUGAAGACAGUAAGCAUGAGUCAUCCUCUUCUGAAAGGGCAGCCAAUUCAACGGAGAAGUAUAAGCGAACGACAGACCAAGCAAUUGACCAACAAUGGCGCAUGGAUGACAAUCUGGAUCAACAGAUUGAUGAUGAUACGUGCAUAAUCAGGGGCAAGAUUUUUGCAGAUAAUGGUGAUAGAGGAGUUGACCGAGUUAUCAAGAAAGGAAAAAAAAUGGUGC